CGAUAGCAUUCCGUUACAUGUAAGUUCUUCUCGACAGACAUAGCCAUAGAAAUAAAUAAAUUUAAGGUAAAAAGAAAAGGUAAAGAAAAAUAAAAAUAGACAGAAGGGGAAAGACAAAGAAAGCAAAGGCUCUUGGUGUUGGGCUUCCUUGUGCUGCACAGAAAUAAAAUACAAAAGAAAUUAUAGAGCAACGAGAGAAGAGAGGCAGUGUGCAUAAAAUCGAAUCAAUACGAUUACUCGCCGUCUAAACCCGUUGCAGGCAAUCAAUACUCAGCACUGAUCGGUCCGCCCAAUCCCACCGUCGAUCUCAGAACCUGAUCGUCGUGUUCAAGGGAAAGAGUUUUAACAUAAAUGAAUUCAGUUAAUUUUUAUUUGAUAUUUUUGGGGAUUUAUUUCAUAGAGGGCCCGUGAAAUUUCCACUGUAAGAGUCGGGUAUCGGAGAUUUGGUUUCUGGGUUUUGUUGGGUUUUGUGAAAGCUUUGGUGGGUCGGCGAGCGUUUUCUGGGAAUUGGACUGAUGCUGGACUUUAGGGAAGGUUGUUGUGGAAGGAGUUAGGGUUAGGGUUUUAGGGUUAGGGUUUGAUGGGGUUGGAGAUGGAGGAGAAUAAUACUGAGCUUGAAGAAGGCGAGGCUUCUUGCUAUUACAAGGAUGACGAGGAAAACGUUGACCCGGACAACGAUCUCUCUUACAUUGAUGAGAGACUUCAACAUGCUCUGGGCCAUUUCCAGAAGGAUUUUGAGGGCGGGGCUUUUGCUGAGAGUCUGGGGCCAAAAUAUGGUGGAUAUGGCUCAUUUUUACCAUCCUAUGAAAGGUCUUCUGCCGUUUGGUCUCAUCCAAAGACACCGCAGAAAAGCUACAACACAUCAAGAUCUCCUAAAAGUUUAAUGGAGGGUGCUACUCAGAAUUUGAAAGCUUCAUCAAGUGCACCCCCAACUGUGAGGCUUGGUACUGCUAACAGUGCUCAGUUGUCACAUAAUUCAAGAGUCCCCCAUCGGGACAUUUCAGUUAAACAGGAUUCAUGUGUGCCAUCUACUCAAGUAGCUGAGAGGUGUUCCUUGAAAGAUGAAACUUUAAACAAACCUGGCAAUCCAACUGAUCUAAGGACACUGAAGGUUCGAAUCAAAAUGAACUCUGAUAACACAACUCGGAAGAAUGUAGCAAUUUAUAGUGGUCUUGGGCUUAACUCCCCAUCUUCAUCCUUGGAGAACAGCCCUGAGGAAAGUGGAGAUAUGCCACCUCCAUCUCAAGUGACUGUGGACGAGUCUCCCACUAACAUUAUUCAGGUUAUGACUUCUUUCCCUGUACCUGGAGAUGCGUUGAUAUCACCACUUCAUGACAGUCUUCUUUGCUUAAUAAGAAAGAGAAAGGUGCCUUCAUCUAAGGGUCAUCAAGAACAUUCUUCUUUGUCUGUAGAGGAGUCAGUUUCCACCCGGGGCAAUAGGAAAGUGCCAAAGGAGACGAAAAUUAAAGUAGCAGGGAAAGGUGAAAGUUUGGUUAAGUUGAAGCUUGAGAAUGGUAUCAAGAAUAGCACGAGAAUUCUUAUGAAAAAGAAAUCAGAAACUGAGACCCUAGAAGGCAAGGAGCUUCUGCCCAAUGACUUGAGAGCAACACCUUUGUCCAACUUAGUAUGUGAUGUCGGUGACCCUCUGAAAGGGAUUGGUAGGACAUCUGAAGCUUCGAGGGAAGCCAAUGAGAAUGAAGUGAAAGGAAGAUUUUCUUCCUCUGAAUUAAUGAAGGAAGAAUCAUUGGAGUCGAUAUCUGGUCAGGGAUGUGUCAAGAAUGAGAAGCAAAAUUCUAGGUAUGGUUCAGCGGAAAAGGUUUGGGAACAGAAGGAUGUUCCAGUUCAUCUCAGGGAUGAUGGCAAGUGCAAGGGUUACAAAACUUCAGCCCCACAACAUGAUACUGAUGUAUCCAAAGUCAAGGAAGAGCCAGACCUGCACAGACACAAUGCUGGAAAGAAAUGUACAUCACAUGAGCAAGAAAAACCUAAUGUUCCUGGUAAGAGGGCAAAGCUAUCAUUAGAGGGCAGGAUUAAGUCAAAGGAAAAUCAAAGCAAUGAAAAGCCACCUACUGUCUCAACAAAGGAAAGCUUGGGGUUUGAAAUGGGUGUAGUACCAAAAGAUGAAUUGAGUGGUGGUCAAGGUGUUCCUCCUUCUGGGAGAAAAAUUCGUAAGUUAAAGUCGCAGAAGGAUAAGGUCAUAGAUAAUCAAAGAGAAUCAUUUGGGGGCAAAAGUUUGGAACAAAGGAAUAAAAUGGAUCUAGCAGAAAGACCUGCUGAUGAUAUUGAAGUAAAAUGGAAGGCAUGUUUGGAUAAACCAAAGGAAAAAUUGAGUGGUAAAAAGAUUGAUAAUAGGUUAGUUUCAAUAGAUGCUCCUCAUUCGUGCCAACCUACAAUGGAAAAUGGACUUGCUUCAGAGGUCGUACCUGCAGCUCCUAUUGUUAUAGAAGAAAAUUGGGUAUGUUGUGAUAAGUGUCAGAAGUGGCGGCUUCUACCCUUUGGUACCAAGCCAGAGCAACUCCCUGAGAAAUGGUUGUGUAGCAUGCUAAAUUGGCUGCCUGGGAUGAACCGAUGUGACAUCAGUGAAGAGGAAACUACAAAAGCACUCAAUGCAUUGUACCAACCAUCUUCAGAAAGUCUAAAUAAGCUGCAGGCUCAUGCUAAUGGAACAGCAUCUGCAGUACCUGCAGUCGAUGUCUUAAAUCUUGAUCAGAAUCACCAGAAGCUCAGUUCUCAUGCCAUGUCUAAUCAAGGGAAAAAGAAACAUGGUUUAAAGGAAAUACCCAAUAUAGGUAGUGGUAGUGGUCUCUUGAAUGCUACAAAGAACCACCUUCAAGAAGCUGUGAAAAGUAUAAGCUCAAAGGACAUAAACCGGCCGCCUUUAGAAUCAAAUCCGAUGAAGAAAUCUGGUUCGCGACAAAUGAGCAAGCUGCAAAACUUGGGAAUGGAAAAAGGCACAACUAAGCAGAAGGAGAAGGACACAAGUGGAGGUGACGCCAAGAAAGUAAGAUUGAAAUACAAUGGGGCUGAUCAAUAUACUUGUGGAGCUUCAAAAAAACUCAAGAGAGAAGAGACAUGGCAUGGUGAUAAAAAUCGGAAUGCUCAUAUUGACCUUGGGAAGGUUGGUGUUGGUUCAAGUACUGGUUUGCUGACCCAGGCACGUGGUCAGGACAUCAAAUACAAUGACCUCUGUUAUUCUGAAGAUACAAAGGAUGUAGUGAAGGACAUAGCACAAGUUUCUGCAAAGAAACUGCAAGACCAAACUCAGGUGUCAUGCCCUGGUGGGUCUUUGGACGUGAGAAAAUGCAGUAGAGGCGAUAGUUCCAUGAAGAAAAGGAAAAUGAGGGACUGGCAGGAUACUCAGAAUAAUGUGGAGACAUUUCAAAAUUUUGCGCAUGAAGGGAAGGUAUAUAGCAAGGAGGAAAGUAGUGAAAGUGGAUAUCGGAAGGAAAAGAAGUCGAGGAUUUUAAAGACUGAUGGUAAAGAGUCCAGUACUAGUAAUGGAGAUGAUAAAUCAAACAGAAAAAGCAGAGUGACCCAAAUUGUUAUGUCAGGCACAAAGGUUCAUUCAAUUGAUGCUAUGGAAAAGGAUAGGAGUAUUGUGAAAGACCAGCAACCUGGGAAACAUAGUAAACAGAAUGCAUCUCAACAAACAUUGGAUGGUGUAAAUUCAUUAAAAAGGGAUUUGGGGUCUGUUUCCUUGGCUGCCACUUCAAGCUCUUCGAAGGUUUCAGGUUCCCAUAAAACUAGAGUUAACUUUGAAGAAGUAAAAGGCUCACCUGUGGAAUCAGUUUCAUCAUCUCCUUUGAGGACCUCCCAUUCAGACAGGCUUACUUCAUCUAGGGGAGAUGCUUUCGGGAAAGAUGAUGCUGUUUAUGGUGAUUUCCCUCCAUCAAAUAUUCCCAAAAGAUUUUGGGAUGGGGAUGAAACUGGUAAUAUUGAUAAAUUUGUGACUACCCGGAAGAAGAAGAUUUCCUGCAGUACUCGUCCUGAAUCUCAUAAAUUUUCAUCAGUAGGCUGCCAUGAUAUAGAUGCUAAUGGUGAAUUCAGUGUCAAAGCCAAACCUUCUUCUGAAGUUUGGGGUAGCCAUUUGCUUAGUGGUAAUGAUAGUUUGGAACCACAUGGUCAGUGCCUCAGUAAUCAGCAUGGCAUGGAUCGUUGCCACGAUGAUGAUAGAGAGAACAAGAAGCAAACUGAAGUUGCAGUUUGUGUGCAGAAAUCUGGCAAGGGUUCCUGUUUGCAGUCAAAGGACAAUGUGAGAAGCUGCACUUCUGAUUUAGAUAGGAACAAGGUGAAAGUUUCUGAUCCAGUGAAUGAUCACUCGAAGAAGAGUCAAAGAUAUGAGCCUGAGAUUGAACGCGAUCAUCAGGCAUUUGUUCUUGAAAAAGGGAAUAAUGUUAGACACAAUCUUCCUAAAAAGUGUAGCACUAAGUCGGUCAAGGUCAAGGAUGAUAACUAUCAUGUUAGUCGGGGAGAUAAUGCAGGAAAUGGGUCAAGUGACAGUGGAGUGGAAACUCAACUGAGACGAAAAGAAUAUGAUGUGUCAGAUGUGAAGUUUAGUGCUACACAGAGCCCUAAUAGGAAGGGUGCCCGUGCCCUGCAACAGAACUUGAUUCAGAAUCAUGGGGACAGUCAGAUUCAAAAUGACCCAAGAAGCGGGAAACCACAAUUGUUUUCACAUUGCCAAGGUGAAAGGAAAGAAGAAACACCAUCUCUUUGCUCCCGACCUGUUGCAGGGUCCGAGAGAGAAGUGGUGUUUCAGGGGCUUCCAGUCAAUGCCACUGUCAAUGGUGAUGAAUCGAAGUCAGUAAAACUGUCUGGGACUUCGGCUAACAAGAAUGGAAUUAAUUGCAAUUUGGUACACUUCAUGCCUGAUCAACAGAGAGCAAUAGAUGUCAGUUCGCCAAGUCCUGUGAGAAGCUCCUCUAGCCAGACUGCUAGUAAUUCCCUAAAAGAAGCUAAAAGGCUCAGAGACUAUGCUGAUUAUCUUAAGGACUCUGGGUUUGAUUUCGAAAGUAGUGAGGCUUACUUCCAAGCUGCUCUGAAGUUUCUCCAAGGAGCCGUGCUUUUAGAAAGUUGCAGUAGUGAGAAUGGCAAACAUGGAGAUAUGACUCAGUUGCAAGUGUACAGUACUACAGCUAAACUUUGCGAAUUAUGUGCCCAUGAAUAUGAAACCCGCAACGAAGUGGCUUCCGCUGCCCUGGCCUAUAAAUGCAUGGAGGUGGCAUACAUGAGGGUAGUUUACUGUAAACAUUCUAGUACAAACAGAGAUCGGCAUGAGUUGCAAGUUACUCUCAAUAUAGCUCCUCCAGGUGAGUCUCCAUCGUCUUCUGCAUCAGAUGUGGAUAACUUGAACAACCAAGUGAUAGCAGAAAAGGCUGUAUUGUCCAAGGGUACUGGUUCUCAUGUUUCUGGAAACCAUGUUGUUGUUGCUCGAAACCGCCCGAAUUUUGUCAGGCUGCUUGACUUUACACAGGAUGUAAAUUUUGCAAUGGAAGCAACAAGAAAGUCCCAGAAUGCUUUUGCAGCUGCGUGCGCAACCCUGGAAGAUGCACAUAAGAAUGAUUGUAUUUGUUCUAUUAAGAGGGUCAUUGAUUUCAGCUUCCAAGAUUUAGAGGAACUCAUCCGUCUGGUUAAGCUUGCAAUGGAGGCCAUAAGUCGAUCCAAAUUUGGUGGUGCUAGAGACUAAGUCAACCCUGUAUAUAUUGGACAUUUUUAUGGUUUCUCUCCUAAGCAGGCAGGAUGCCUACGUGGACUGUCACUUGAAAUCUGCAAAGAGGCGAGUCACUGACAGUUCAUUGCCCUUCUGUACAUGUGUACAAAGUGAGAUUGAUUAGCAAAUUUUGUAAUGUAUUUUUUUUGCAAGUUAAGUCUAUUCUUGACGUGGAUAAGGGCACAGCAUGCUCACCCAUAGUUUUCAUGGAUUGGGAAAAAGAGGAAAUGAAUUAAUUGUUCGCCAGCACAGCUCAGAGAUUAUGUAAUAGUUAAGUUAUUUUUGUUUUUUGGCUCCUGUGAUUCGGAGCUUGAGGGUAAAAAAAAAAAAAUAUCUAUAGAGAUUGGAUGAUACUCUUAGGCAACCAUUUUGAGGAGGUUGACUGCUGAUAUAGUGGUGACUGGUCAAUGCUCUAUCAAGCAUUUUCUGUUUUGUUGCUAUUUAUUAAAAUUUUGAAGGAAUGGAAACCAAAUUCUUGGACAAGGUUGCCUUAUAUUUGUAGGAAAAUCAUCAAGCUUAAGCUUUCGUGUAUUGAUUGUGCCAGCUUUCCAAGGAUAUGAAAUUUAAUCUUCAGGUGACCGUGAUAAUUAAAGAGCUUCGGUUUUUUUACUUGGUCUCUGAGCAGUUGCUGAGAAGUUCAGACUUGUGACCUACAUGGAGUACGCACUCUAGGACCGUCAUUGCAUUGCACAACAAUUUUUAACAAUAGGUUUUAAGGCAGCUUGCCCCGAGGAGGGUGAUCAUAUACACCGGCUUCACUAAUCACUCGCCCGUAAUUCCAUGGUGGUGCUCUCUCUCUCUCUGAUUUUUUGUCCGAUUAUAUACAGCCAGUUCAUUAUGCUAAAAGUAGCAAGUCCUUUUAACAGGAUAUUUUCCAAUGGAUCAUACAGGUAUUGAAGCGGUGUUAUUGUGAUGAUUUUGAUCAAUGAAAGCGGCAUCUUGGUUGGUUUUGGAAGGAGGAUAUGGGUGCUUUGACUUCGUUGCAGGCAGCAGCAUUUGCUUGUUAUUGACAUAACGUAUUUUCUGUACACUUUUGUUUUUUUGUUUUUAUUCCAAUAUUCAAUGUUCUUUUCAGUGCGGGCUGAAUAAAAAGCAUAUGCUGAGUUGCCUCCAGAAUUCUGUGCAAUAUGUAUCAUUCAUGAACAAUAAUGAUUAAAGUAAUAAUAGAGCUAUCAGGCUUUCUU